UGAUGAUAAGAGCUGUUAGAUUGAUUGAGAACGAAAAUGGUAUCGGAAGAAGGAGCGCAGAGCAUAUCGGAGCCGGCCGUUGUCGGAGACUACGUGCUCCGGUCGAAGCUCGGAGAAGGGGCUUAUUCCACCGUAUGGAGGUCCGAGCACAGGGCCACCGGCGAGACUGUGGCCCUGAAGCAAGUCCGCCUGUCUAGUCUCAGCCGGCAGAUCAGGAGCUGCCUGGACUGCGAGAUCAGCUUCCUAUCCUCCGUCAAUCACCCGAACAUCGUCCGCCUCCUCGAUGUCCUUCAGGCUGAUGGUUGCAUAUAUCUAGUCAUGGAGUUUUGUGCCGGGGGUAGUUUAGCUGCUUACAUCAAGGUUCAUGGGCGAGUUCAAGAAACAAUUGCGAGAAGAUUUAUGCAGCAGCUUGGAGCUGGCAUGGAAGUUGUACGCUCUCACUUUAUCAUUCACAGAGACUUAAAACCAGAGAACAUACUAUUGUCUGGUCCUGAAGAAGAUAGGGUGCUAAAGAUAGCUGAUUUUGGACUCUCGAGAAUUGUGCUUCCUGGAAAUUCUGCUGAUAUGGUCUGUGGUUCUCCUUUAUACAUGGCUCCAGAAGUUCUUCUAUUCCAACGGUAUGAUGAAAAGGUUGACAUGUGGAGUAUAGGUGCAAUUCUUUUUGAACUUCUUCACGGCUAUCCACCAUAUCGUGGUCAGACUAACGUUCAGUUGCUGAAGAACAUCAGGUCAUCUACAAGUCUUCCAUUUUCUGGGCUAAUACUCAAAGAGUUACAUCCUGAUUGUAUUGAUAUGUGCUCGAGAUUACUCUGUGUUAAUCCAGCGAGACGUCUGUCCUUCGAAGAAUUUUAUUGGCAUGGGUUUUUGCAAACAAAAAGACUUGGGAUAUAGAAUUGCCUUGAAAUAGGAAUGAUACGAGACCUUUUGCUCCGUCACUGGGGCUCCCAUUAAAGGCAUGCAUGCUGAUGCAGAGCAGUUGUUACUCACAGAAAAGGCUGGAGUGGGAGGGGGAUUGGGACGUCCAAUGAGCCUUCCAACAUCAGCAGCACUUUCUUCACUGAUGGACGAAGUGUGGGAUCGUCGACAAUGCA